AUGGCUACUAAGAAGAAGAAGGGGGACAAGUACGAGGAUGUUCUCAAUGGCGAGUAUUUCCGUCGUGCAAUGGCAACUGGAGCAGCAAACUCGUCGCAGACAACACCAACAACAACGCCCGUAGCAGCAGCAGCAGCAGCACCAGAACUCAUCUCACCACUAUACAGGGCGGCAUCAGCAGCAGCAUCAGCAGCGGCAGUAGCAGCACCCAUACUAACAACACCCUCAGAAGGAGUGAAAGCAGCACAACAACUCGACUCAGCACUAUGGACAGCGAUACUAGCAGCUGCAGCAGCAACGCCCUCAGCAACAGAAGCAGCAGCAACAGCAGCACUCGUUGCAACAUUGAGCAGGCUACCUGUGCAAAGUGACAGCGCCAAAGUCAACGUGACAGACAGCGCCAAAGUCAACGUGACAGACAGCGCCAAAGCCAAUGUGACAGACAGCGCCAGAGCCAACGUGACAGUCAAAGCCAAUGUCAACGUGACAGGCAGCGCCAAAGUCAACGUGACAGACAGCGCCAAAGCCAACGUGACAGACAGCGCCAGUGCCAACGUGGCAGGCAGCGCCAAUGUCAACGUGACAGACAGCGCCAAUGUCAACGUGACAGUCAAAGCCAGAAUCAGAGUGGCAGUCAAUGUCAAAGACAACGUGACGGAAGAGGAAAUAUGA